UCAGGAUAGACUGUCAUGUUCAUUAUCAUGAAAUCCUGGGGUCCUUCCAUGCCUUUUUUUCAGUUCCAAAAGACUGAGCAAAAACAUAAAAAACAUAAGAUGCCAUCAGAUGAUCAUCUUCACUAUCCUAAAAAUUCAAAAAGGAAAGAAAAACUUUGGUAUAAAUACUUAUUUUGGUAGAACCCUGGUGUCCAAUACGUCGAUUGAAAACAUUUUCCGCUACAAAUCGCAAUCAAAAGGAAAGCAGAUCGAUGUAGCUGUACAAAGACAAAGUUUUGGGACCAGAGCUGAGGUUUAAUAAUUGGAGCAGGUUUUAGGAAGAGAAAUAGACGUGAAACUACCCAUGUAAAAUUCACGUGAACAUCGUUUAUAUGUCUGGGGCACCAGGCUGGCUGGCUGGGGAAUAAUCAAAUUAAAGGAGUUGAGGCCAAACUAUUCGCAAGCGACUAAUUAAAGCUUGUUUUAAUUAAUUAAAUAGGCCCUAAUGGCCUAAUUUGUUUGUAAUGUUAAUCAGAUAGGUUUAUCAAAGCUGUUUCAUACAAUACAAGUUACUGAACAUUCAUAAAAGUUAACCCAUGAUUGAACUCAGAACUUAGCCCAUGAUUCAUGCAGUCAUCUUAAGAAGUAACAUCUAUCAGGUUUAGAUUUCAAAUCCCAAUUCCUGCAAUCUUUUCUCUUAUCCUCGGCAAAAAAAAGCUAAUUUAAAUUUCAGUGAUUUUAGUUAUUGCAUGUCGUGAGAAACAGCUCCCCCCUUUCCCAGGAUAUAUGCUUUCUUUAUGUUCCUUAAUCUAAUACUUGAUUGAUAUUUUUUUGGGUUUCGUGAAUUCUGUUUGGACUACUCCCAGUCUCUUUCAGUAAACCACACCUGAAUUCAUGGGGGUUCAAAGCACUAAAUUUUGAUAUCAGUUCCUGUUUCUACUAUUUUGUCACUCAUUGUUUCAAGGGUGCUCGGACAAUACAGUAAGUUUUGUUCUUAGUACAGACCCUUUUCUGUUUCAAAAGGCAAUAAUUUUUUUUUCUCAACUUUUAUACCAUAAGUUUUGUAGGGCUACUAUUACUACGGGUUAUUAUAGGAGGAUUUAGCUUUUAAAUUCGUCACAAAAGUUUUCAAAGCGUUUUCCUGUCAGCUGAAAGAAUCCUCAGAUAGCAAUGGAAAGUGGGUUUUAUUCAGCUUGGAAGAGUGGUUCUUUGUUUGGGCUAGAGAAUGUAGAAGAGGAUGGAGAGCUGAAAUCAGCAUCGUCGUUGCCAUCUAUCCCUCAGCCACAAACACCAAAUGAGCCUAUGGAAUUUUUGUCUAGAUCAUGGAGUCUAUCUGCAUCAGAAAUUGCAAAAGCUCUUGCUCAGAAACAAAAACAGUUUGAAUUUGGUAUUAAUCCAAGUUCAUUUCCAGACGCCUUUGUUGCACCACAAAUUGCAGGGAAAGUCAUAGAUUCAAUUAAUGCCCUAAGAAGUGGAUUAAUUGGAAAAUGGUUUCAUCACCACAAGGAGUUGGGGACUAACACAAUGAAGAAGAAAGAUAAGAUUCGUGCAGAAAAUGCUCGGGUGCACUCAGCUGUUUCGGUGGCGGGACUAGCUGCAGGUUUGGCAGCAGUAGCCGCAGCUGGAAACUCCAAUGGCACAGGCUCAAAAAUGAGCCUGGCAUUGGCAUCCGCUACUGAACUUCUGGCAUCGCAUUGCAUUGAAUUAGCUGAACUAACCGGGGCUGAUCAUGACCGCGUUGCUUCUGUUGUCAAAUCAGCAGUGGAUAUUCAAAGUGCAGGUGAUCUGAUGACUCUCACAGCAGUAGCUGCAACAGCCUUGAGAGGAGAAGCAACUUCGAAAGCAAGAUUGCCAAAAGAAGCAAAGAAAAAUGCAGCUAUAAGUCCUUAUGAGAGGAGCAUGAGAGAAGCUUAUUGGUCUACUGUUUUUCAAACUCAAAUGAAGGAGCAGAAUCCUCCUUGCGAGGGUGAACUAUUGCAACACACACGAAAAGGUGUGUUGCGAUGGAAGCGCGUCUAUGUCUACAUUAACAAGAAAUCUCAGGUCAUGAUUCAGCUUAAAAGCAAGCACGUUGGAGGGGCAUUCUCCAAGAAGAAUAAAUGUAUUGUUUAUGGAGUUUGCGAUGAGACUUCAGCAUGGCCAUAUAGAAAAGAAAGGGAAACUUCGUCUGAGGAACUCUAUUUCGGUCUCAAGACUGGACAAGGUCUUCUAGAGUUUAAGUGUAAAAGCAAGAUUCAUAAGCAGAAAUGGGUCGAUGGGAUUCAAAAUCUUCUCCGUCAAGUCAGCUAUGCCGAAGCAGUUGAGCUUUCUCUCGAAUCUUUGAGUAUCAGCGACAGUAUGUAGUUCAUAGUAUAGCUGUGCAUACAUGGUCAAUUUGGCCCCUAUCUGUAGGGAGAAUAAAAUACAGUUUUUUAGAGACCCUUCCACUAUUUUCAUGCUCGCAAAAGAUAACAAUAACAAUGAUCCCGAAGAAAUUGACUAAAGACAUUUGAUAUUGAUAAUCUUAAAAGGGAGAAGAAAAAAAUUGAAGCUUCCCUUUUUUCCCAGUUGUUGAGAGGAGGAUAGCCUAGGAAAGAUAAACGACAAGAAUGAAAUUAC